GGUCAUUGGUGUGUGCGUGCGAUGAGACGAAGCGACAAGCUUUCGCGAACCUGUAUUUUAGAGGAGUGCAUGUCUUGCAGUGAAAUAUACGAAGUGUGCCCUCGAAUAUAUCACGAGUGAUCUUGAUUAGAAGUGUUAAAUGUUGUUUCUAUACAUUUCUAUCAUUUCUGACGAAAUAAUCCAAGUUACUCAUCCGCUAUACUAUAAAGAGUAUGAACAACGAUUUUAACCUUUAAUGACAGACGUGCCACUGUAGGUGUUUUAGAUAAUACAAGAUCUAUCAGUAUGCAGACAAUAAAGUGCGUCGUGGUUGGGGAUGGAGCUGUGGGUAAAACCUGUCUUCUGAUUUCAUAUACUACCAACAAAUUUCCAUCAGAAUACGUACCCACAGUUUUCGACAAUUAUGCUGUGACAGUAAUGAUCGGUGGAGAUCCUUACACUCUGGGAUUGUUCGAUACUGCAGGUCAGGAGGAUUACGAUAGACUCAGACCUCUGAGUUAUCCUCAAACAGAUGUAUUCCUUGUCUGUUUCUCAGUAGUGUCACCAUCGUCUUUUGAAAAUGUCAAAGAGAAGUGGGUACCUGAAAUAACACAUCAUUGUCCAAAAACUCCAUUUUUAUUGGUUGGUACUCAAAUCGAUUUGAGAGACGACGUUGCUACUAUCGAAAAAUUGGCAAAGAACAAACAGAAACCGAUAUCCGCGGAGCAGGGGGAGAAGCUUGCCAAAGAAUUGAAAGCAGUUAAAUACGUUGAGUGUAGUGCUCUUACACAGAAAGGUUUGAAGAACGUGUUCGACGAAGCUAUUUUGGCUGCAUUGGAACCACCGGAACCGGUUAAGAAGAGAAAGUGUAUUCUCUUCUAAAAGGUGUAUUUUUUUGGAAGGAGUGCACGUUCAGAAAGGGGAAACAACAUACGCGUAAUAGUAGCAGCGCGCGAAUUUAAUGCCUAGUAUAAAGCACUGUUAGAAGAUUCGAAACUGUGCGUAUAAGGUUCCUUCUUCUAAAGCAAAACGAAAAAAUAAACGAUAUUAAUCAUUCGAGCCCAGAGUUGCCAGCCGCUAAUAUCUACAGCGCGACAAUUUCAAUCGAAUUGUAUGUGUAAUUAUCGAAUUAUAACGCCGAUCACAUUCCACGGGACAUCUCAAUUUAGAUUUUCAAUUGAUUCAAUAAGAUCGUUAAUUCCGCAUGAUACGCAUUGCACAAACAUUUUCUAAUUCCUUAAAAGCAUGUUCACGCAUCGCGGGUGUUACUCUAUCAAUUUUACACGAGAGAUUUGUAUUAUUGAAAAUUUUUUCAUAUUCCUAGAUCGAUUGGUGCUAUCGAUAAACGUUUGAUUAAUAAAAAAAAAAAACAGUUCGGUCUAGGGUUCCACGAUCGUUAAUUUAACUGACUGUUCGUAGUGUCCAUGUGUGUCUCUUUCUUAGUACAUUUGAAGAAUCAAUACAAACGUGUUAUCGUCGGUCGAAAUAACGCUCGUGUGAUCCCGGCCUGAAGUGACCGCUUGCUGAAUGAAAUUACCCGUUUUAUAGUUAAGAUCAGUAUUAGAAUAUUCUGCAAGAUCCGUAGGUACAGUCGCUAUAGUUACGUUAAUUGGAUACCUCCGAUCGCGGGAAUGACGAAAGUAAUGAGGAUGUAAUUUUUCUUCAACCAGCCACGUUACACGAAUAUCUACUUGGAAAUGCGUAUUUCUAUUACUCGUAUAUGCAUUAUCGAAAUUCUGAACGGCAGCUAAGUCACGCGAAUUGUUUCCGUACGUACAUAACGCGUCCGUUUCCGUAACGACCUUCUUACAUCUGACUUUGUACAUAUCAGCGUGCGUUGCAGAUACACCGACACGCGGCGUAUUAAAUUGUAUUACGACUGAGAAAGAGGAUGUUGAAUAACAGGCAUUUACAUUUUAUGAGAUUUCGAUGAAUUCGAAUCUACUCUGUACUACCGCCGGCUGAAAAUCUCGUAAAAACAUUUUACAUAUAUCCACGGAUAUGUAAGUCCCGAGAAAGGGAACACGUGUACGUGCGGUCAGGUGAACGGAGUCGAUGGCUGGUCGAAACGAGUUUCGAACUUGUUUCCCAGCAAUCGAACGUUCGCUAAUUAUUUAUUUCAACGAAUAUAAUUGUAUCAUUUGACGGACGAGUAAUCAACGCCUAACAACAUACUACGACACGCGAACUGGAUACGUGCGAGAUGAUCUUUCUUGAAAAAAAAAAGAUAAAUCAAAUACAAUUGCUCUUUGUGCGAUCGGAACAAUCCUAUUCUCGUGCAAUUUGAUCGACCACUAGGUAAACGAUUGUCAUAAUAAUAACGAAAUGAAUUACAUUCUGUAUCCAGUCACGGAAGACGGCAUUUAUUAAAAAGUAUUGUACGUGUCACGGUAUGCAGACACAAUUACAUUAUGAACUAUUCACACGAAAUAUAUUUAUACGGAUUACUUUCUAACUAACUAAAAAAAAAUAUAUAUAUAUGUAUAUGUAAGAAUUCUGUUUUUGUGCUUAUUGAAUUUCUCGAUUCUGUCAUUGGAGUAACAGAUGCCAUCGAGGGUGUCGAGAGACAGAAGCGGGCGAUGGUCAUUUGUCGAGCGAACGGAAAUAUCGUGUGCGAUCAACGUAUACAUACCGAUGUCAUUCAGUGAUCGCGGACCGCACAGACGUUGCUGCUCGUCCUCCGUCCAUUUCUUCUGAUUCCUUUCUUAUUUUCUUUUCCAUCGCCAGUUUCUCCUCUUCUGCCCGUUGAUUCCCGUUCGGGUCACCUCUCCCUCCGUCCGCCGUCGACCGAUCGUCUCUCUUCCUUUCGCCCUCGCCGCUUGUUCGCACGACGGCUCUUUCUAUAUACCUUUGCUUUGCUUUCCUCGAUUGCAUCGCUGUAUAACGUAGCGCGCUGCGCCUUGUGGUUACUUCAAUUAGCCGGAUUCGUGGUUACGUACUCCGGAGCACGUUAACCACGCCGACACAGAAGGUAGUACGCCAGUCACGGACUCAUCACGGACGUGCCUCCGUACUCCCUUGACAUUAUCGCUAAUCAUUUCGAAUCGAUUCUCCGAUCCAUGAGAAAGCCAGCACCGACGCUACGGUGUACGCAACCGUUCCCGGCCGUGCAUCGUUUCAAUUUGAUUACUCGUUGUCAAACGGAUUUUCCGACAUUGUACAUACUAUCGAGGGAUAAGAAAUGUAUUUGAUGCGUCCGGCGAAUAGAAAACGAGAAGAGGAGGGAUUAAUUCCGCGUAAUUAGAAUGGGCGUGGAAAAAAUUGAACACGCACAGCGUUCGGGGCACGUAUUAUAAAACAAGCCGACCACCUGGUGGUACCCGCGCGGGGGGCACCGAGACCGCACGUUGACACAAUUCAUUUUUACGCGGUGUCCCACGCAUGAUGGGCGGCCGGCUCGCUUCUCCUCUCUAUUUAUCUUUAUCCUUCGUACUUAACUGCGUACCACUUCGACGCGACUAAUCGCGGGAUCUAUGCCCAUUCAGCUGCUGUCUCUUCGCCUACUUCGUCCCGGCCGAUUCUACUCGCGUUUCUUUACAUUCUGUUAACAAGCGCGCACGGGACAUUAAGAUGUCUCAAGAGAUUUCUUUGCGGCCGCGUUUGAGUAAGAACGAUCAGCCGGCUCGAAGGUGUACACAUGCUUCCGUGUACGCAACCCGAAAAUCAUCCCUGCGUAUACAACUCGAGUGUCCCGGCUUCUGGUAGCCACGGAGCCAGCCAUGAGCUCGCCGAUAACGCGGCGGAUAAGUGGCACGUGUCGCCUCUCUUUAUCUCGACAGACAAUGUUGCUCUUAGGAGAAUCAAUGUUUAAGAUGCAACGGCUCCUAAGCCAGACGAUGCCUAAAGUACUUACGUUACGACCGGGACAGCUUUUAGUCAGCUAUUUAUCAUACGGAAAUUUCGCAGAGCUCGACUUAUUUUUAUACGAGCGCGUGUUCCGAACUGCACUGAGAUUAGCUUGUUAAUUUUAUCGCCGGAACUGAAACGUGAAAACGGAAGGUGGUUGACUUCUUGGUCGUCGCGCCGACGUUAUUGAAAGUUGAGAUAUGAGAUAGAAUUUUAUUUUUAUUAUACAUGACGCGUGCGAUACGUGUACAUCGCGUUUUAUUAAUCAUUUCAUGUAUUUCGUAGUUAUGUACAUGAAUAAUUGCAUUUUAUCGAGUGGUUCAUGCAUCAUAAUAAUUAUAAUCGAUUGAAGUUACUGUUUUAUAGCAAUUUUGCAUCAUUGGUGAUCAGCUAAAAAUAUACAGGAGCGACUGAUAGUUUGAAUUAGGUUCUCUGGGAAUAACACUACUGUUCUUCACUUGAGUAGCUUUGGGUGAAAAUUGAUACAUGCAUCAAAAAAAGAAUUUUCCUGGAUAUCUGUUUGGAUUAUUUUUUUUGGAUACAUAAAUUAGUAGAUGAUAUUAGUUGAUGUACACAUUUGGGAAAUAUGUUGUCGUUCGAAAUAGUAAGAGGCUUCUGGCUUCCAUUUAAAUAGCUUCAAGUAUUUGAUGCUUCGCGAUCAGAUCAGACGAGAAAUAUAAGAAUUUUACAUUUUAUGUUAUUUUAUUCAUAUUAAAUACAAUUUCCUACGAAAAAGUAUCCAAGUGAAGAGCAUUGUGCGACGUGCGUAACUGUAUUUCACGUUUAGUAGGGUAGGUAUGAAUAAUUGCAUUCUAUCAAGUGACUAAGAAUCCUAAUAAUAAUUAUAAUCGAUUGAAAUUACUGUUUUACAGCAAUUUAGCAUGACGAUCACUAGACAGCAGAUUUUGUGCAUUUCUAAGAAAACGAAACGUGCAGAAAUUAUAACUGUUGCCUGCAAUUUACAAAAGUAUGCAGAAUAUCAAGAACUGAAUGUAUAUUUUAAUGUUUUAACGAUGACAAGAAUGUUUAUCUGAAACACAUCUUUUAAAUUGAUAUUGUAAAUGUUUUAUUGUGCAUGAUCAUCGUAUAGUGAUCGUUUAAAAAUAUGUAACAGUAAUUGAUGAAUCAUUUGAAUUAGAUACAUAAUAUUCUAUGGGAACCA